AUGGGCGCAGCUUUACCAAGUACGCCCGAAGAAGCGGGUUACGAUCAGUACUAUGGGCAGUCAUCUUUAGUGUCCUUGGUUAACCAAUACGCUCAAAAGUCACCUGGCCGCCAAUCAGUCCAGUCCCAGGGUGGGUCUUCCAUACCAAGUCUUCUAGCCUCAUCAGCCAAUUCGGCUGGCGCCAACACCUCUUCGACAAAUAUGACGGUAUUGCUAUCGGACGACUUUUCGCUUCCACCCAGGAGAUUGGCAGACUGGCUUUUAGAGGUAUAUUUCGCCAAUAAUCAUAUAUUCUACCCUUGGGUGCACAAGCACACGUUCAUGGCUUCAUACGAGAAUAUAUGGACGAAUCAAUCCGAUGAUGCAGACGCAGUUCUUCCGGAUGUGGGUCUCGGCAGUCACAACUGUCCAUCUCGAUUAUUCCAUUGCGCUUUGAACGCCAUGUUUGCUAUCGCUUGUGAAUUUUCCGACAUGGACCCUUGCCAUAAACGAAACUCUUCCAUGAUGUUUUACGAACGAAUGAAGAGCUCGAUGAACAUUGAUAUUCUCGACAGUGGAAGCUUGGCCCAUGUCCAGGCGCUAUUGCUGAUCGCAAUAUACUUGCAAUGCACGCCAUACCCGAAGAGAUGCUGGAAUGUAAUAGGAAUGGCACAUCGAAUGGCUGUCGGGCUCGGUCUACAGAACCGUCGCCAAUUCAACAAUUUGAACGUUUUGGAAAAGGAAAUCCGCUGGCGAGCAUGGUGCGCAUGUGUCCAAAUGGAUAUAAUUUCCAGCAUGACAAUGGGUCGUCCACCCAUGACACCGGACUCUUCACACAUACCACUACCCUCGCCGGUUGACGACAAACAUCUUGCUGCUGGAAAUCAAGAGGCUCAGCAGCCCAAGGGGACUAUAUCGACUAAUCAAUUUCUACACCAGAAUAUGAGACUGAUCGGAAUUCUUUGGAAGAUCCUGUUAAAAAUAUACCGCAGUGAGGACGAAGGUCCAGCAGAAGAGUCGUCAUCGGCCCCAGAAGGCUUCAAGGCCAUCAUGGAUCUGGACAGAUUACUGGAAGAGUUCAAAGCUUCACUUCCCCCCAUCUUCGCGUGGGGCUCGCCAAGUUCUCAAAACACCGAACACACUUUCCGUCGCCAAUCAAAUGUUCUACACGCUAGAUACCUUCAUUUGAAGUUGCUAUUGUACCGCCCAACAUUUAGUGCAUAUUGCUCAGGUGUUAGCUCCGAGUUCAAUCAGACACAGCCUGACUCUUGGUCAAUCAUGUACCAACAAAAUGCGGCUUUAAAAUGUGUGCGAGCUGCAUGUGACCUCAUUCAUUCAUUAUCGGAAGCAACGACAGAAGAUGCAACAGGUGCAUGGUGGUAUGGGGUAUUUUAUUUAAUAAGUGCUGGCAUAGUUCUUCUUCUUGCCGAGUCAAGCGGAGCAAGUCUCGAGGGUAUCACUGCAGAUCAACAAGAAUGUUCCUGGAACGAAUGCCUUGAGACAUUGAACCGAAUGGUCUCUGUUCAUCCGUCCGCUAGAGACUACUCCCUUGCUUUACAUAAUAUCCGGUUAACCUAUCGGUCAGAAAUGAAAAAAGGGCCAGACCAAACCCGACAUAGCCAAAUGCCUCUCGCUGUAUCAAGUCAUUACCAGAUGGAUGAAAUUCAAGCCAGCGUCAUGCAUGCUGAUCAAGUGGAGCCUAAUAUACUGAGUCCAUUUUUCAAAAAUUGGGAUGCGGAACUCGGUGACAUUAUGCUUCCUGCCCAAUUUCUACAAGAAUUAGACGAAGGGCUUCUGCUACCGAAUCUGUUCUAA